AUGUCUGUGGAGCGGGGUUCCAACAACGCGCCGACGGAGGAGGAGUCGCAACAACCACCGCCCUCAGCAUUGGUGCAGAAGCGGGAGUCGAGGAGUGAACGAUCAACAGCGACUACCCAACGUACCCCUGAGCAGCGCCCUAAAAACGGCGAGGAGAUGUUUCCAAGCAAUGGCAGCUCCUUUUCCAUGUCUUGGCCUAGUUGUGCCACGGAUCCUGAGGCAUUGAGGAACCUUAUUGUGAAUUAUCUUCCUCCAAUGAUGGAUGAAACGCAGCUUUACGGUCUCUUUGGCCAAUUUGGUCCCAUUGAAAGCGUAAAGAUAAUCUAUGAUAAGGAAACGCGAGAGAGCCGUGGGUAUGGUUUUGUGAAGUACGUUCACUAUUUUAGUGCGUCAUAUGCCGCAAACUCGCUUAAUGGGUACUGCAUCGCAGGGAAGCGUCUUAAAGUGGCAUACGCUAAUGUGGAGGCUGCGUGGGAGGCUUACAGGGCAUUGAGGGCGUCAUCCAUGAUGUUCUCUGCGCAGCAACAGGCGGCUUUGCAGAAUGUUUUCUACCAACAAAUGCUUUUGGCACGGCAAGAGGAGGGGGAUCGUCGCUAG